AUGGUGGACCGCGAUACCUUCAUGGACGAGUCAGCUCCUGUCACAGAGGCAGCAACUAACGAACAGGCCUCAGCAUCCACCCCCAUCACCGGCCAGAAGCGCAAGCCCUAUGUGACGAGUGCAUGCUCUGAAUGCAAAAAGCGAAAGACGAGCAACAAGCCCGAGGAUGUCACAGAGGACCAAUUCUCGGCGGCCGGAUGCGCCCCCGCGAGCAGCACCACAAAGGAAACGGAUGAGGAGAGUUCAUGGAAAGCCGAUGUGCUCAACAAACUGCAGAUGCUGUCCGAUGAAAUCAGAAGCUUGCGGCAAACCACGGCAUCUCAAGACAAUGCCCGGUCGAGUUUGAAUCUCACCAUGACUCCGGACUCGGGCGAGAUCUUGAACACGUACAACCCAAGCAGUGUCUCCAAAGCCGUCUUUCCAGGCGGCCCUAGUAUCCUCAAUCCCCUCAACACCAUGAAAGAGCCCGUUGAAAGUGGCGGGAAUGAGGAUAAAUUAGUCCAGGAAGAUUGUUGGAUGGCUUUCUGCUCCACCAUGACUGACUGCUAUAUUCGAGAACUGCGAAUCUGGGAUGCCCAAGUCAGGCAUUCUGGCCUAGGUCCGGUGAGAGAAACUUUGGACCUGUACUUCUCUCUCAUGAAUCCCCACUACCCUUGUUUGGACUCCAAGGCCUUCGAGCAAGAUUUCCAGCGAUUCGCCGGCAACGUUCAAGAAGUGACACUGGAGCGUAUCCAGUUCAUUGCUCUGGUCAAUCUGAUUCUGGCCGUAGUCAAGAAUGUCGACGACUUUUGUCCGGAAGACGACAUCAUUCCCGGCUGGUACGAGUUUACCAAGGCGGAGCACCUCUUGAACCAUGUCAUCAAGAGCGGCAAAGGAAACCUCACGACCAUACAGUGUCUCAUCCUGAAGGCCUCGUACCUCUUAUACAUUGAGCGAAACGACUGGGCCUACGACGAGAUCGGCACGGCGGUCCGACUUUGUUUUCAAACGGGCCUGCACAAUCAAAGUUCGUGGACUGGCCUUUCACCAUUUGAGGUUCACAUGAGACAGCGAAUCUUCUGGUGUGUCUACUGCCUCGAGAGGAACAUCUCGCACCAGUGUGGCGCACCGUACCAGAUGAGCGACCAGGACAUUGCGGUGGAGCUGCCCAGCGAUUCAACCGUUGAAGGAGUCAGUGUUGGCGCUGGAGAGGGAGGGUUUUCGCCCAUCACGUACCAGCUGGCGACCAUCAAAUGGGCCAAGGUUUGUUCCGAUAUGUGGGAUGCCAUGUUCGGGGUCAACUCUCGCUCUCCGACAGCUGAAUUGAUUGCCGUCACCGACGCGCGCAUCCUUUUGUUGAUCGAGGAACUCCCAGUCCACCUCCGGUGGUCCUCCGACUUUCUCAAAGUCGCAGUCCAGCUCCAGUAUCCUCAUUAUAUUGUUCGUCAGGCAAUUGUGCUACACCUGCGAUCUAAUCAUCUACGGCUAUUGUUACGACGCAGUGACCUCCUGGGCUCCAAGAGAAGUGUGCAGGUGGCGGCGCUAUGCGUGGACAUAGCUCUGGCUUCGGUCGAAGCCAUGCAUCAGUACCAUUUCUCCGAGUUCAGGAGAAACUCUGGACGGUUCCCGACCGUCUCGUUCCUCUCUGGGGUCAUCUUCACGCUUACUUCGGUCAUUCUGGCCAAGAAGGCAGACCGGCCCACGCUGUCGAAAGCGGGUGGGGGUUUUCUCAAGGCUGUCCAGCUCCUGGAGGACAUCGCUCCCGGGUUCACCCUGGGGCGGCGCCUCUUCAAACGCCUGCAGAAAGUCAUCAAGGCAACAACACAAACCAUGGCGGAGAAUGGGAAUUCCUCUUCCAACGAUGUACCGGCCGAUGCUACGGGGCCGGUAAUGCCGGAUCAUCAGUUGGCUUCUUCAACCCCGGCACCAGUCCCGGUGAUUCAACCCAGUUUCGACUUUGACCUCGACGAUCUACUGCACUUUGACCGGUCAUCGUUUGCCGACAAUGCAGACAACGAGUUUGUGCAAUUUGCUUUCAGCCAGCUCAAUUCACCGCUGGCUGCCUUUGGAGGCUCAGCACUGCCGAACGGGAAUGCGGUCAAAGACCCCUAA